AUGGCACACCAGCCCAAAUACCCUCGCUAUGUGGGAAACUACGAGCUCCACCAGAAGCUCGGCGCCGGAUUUUCAGGCGCCAUCUUCUGCGCGAGACACGUCCACACCAACCAGUGGGUCGCGCUCAAACUACAGCCGAUAGACGAGGCGUGCCCGACGAACAGAUAUGAGCGCAGCUUCUACCCCGCGCUGCAGGGCGGCGAGGGCAUGCCCACGCUCUGGGCGUCCGGCCACCACGGCACCUGGGACUACCUCGCGAUCGACCUCCUCGGGUCCAGCCUAGACAGCCUACACCGACAGAAAACGACAGACGUGUGGGAUUUGCGCAGCGUCUGCUGCAUCGCGCAGCAAGUGAUCGCGCGGCUGGAGUUCAUGCACGCGCGCGGGCUGCUGCACCGCGACAUCCAGCUGGGCAACUGCGUGCUCGGCCUCCCACCGAACAACACGACGAUCUACAUGAUCGACUUUGGGUUCUCCAAGUUCUACAUCGACCAGCGCACGAAGCGCCACAUCCCGGACAGCAAGGCGCCGCGCGACUUCAUCGGCAACUACUGGUUCUCGUCCGUGCGCGUGCACUGCCGUGGCUCAGUGCCGUCACGGCGAGACGACAUGGAGGCCGUUGCGCUCAUGCUCAUCCACAUGCUCACGCCUGGCGGGCUGAGCUGGACGCGGAACGGGGUGCCCAAGACAGACGAGGCGCAUAAUCGUCUUAUGUACGAGAAACGAAAUGCUACGCCGGAAGACAUCUGCCGCGGGCUGCCACCAGUGUUUGAGGAAUUCCUGAGGUCGUGCCGCCGGUUACAGUUCGCCGAGCGGCCAGACUAUGAGCGGUGGAUUGAGGAAUUCGCCAACCUCGCAGAGGACAACGGGUUCCCAAGUAGUCCGGCCUUCAUUUGGCCACCACCAAACCCAGAGCCCACUGUGCGUGUGCAAACUGCACCACUGCGGAAAGACUCUGGGGAACUGGAGGGUGUCCUCAACGGUCUCGCGAACAUGCAGCUUGGAGAGCGGCAGGUGCUCGGCGUCCGUGACAAUCUCGUCAACCGGGACACUAACGCCGCACCCAAGGACGGCAAGAAAGGCGGCAAGCCGCCCAAACCCUCGCCCCCAAAGAGCAAAGAGGUCAUCAACCUCAUCAGCGACGACGAGGGCUCGCGGGACGAGAACGCGCGCGCUGCCCCAGCGGCAGGGCGGCUCACCAAAGCGGCGCGCCUCGCGCAGAUCGCACGAGAAGUCGCGGCCGCGACGGACAACAUGGCACUCGCCGGGCUCGUGCGUGACUUUGCGCGCACGAUGGAGGAGAACCGGUCGCGGAUGCUCACGAAGGAGGGCUUCGCGGUGCUCGACGCGCUGCACAAGCAGCUCGCGGACCCGAGCGUGUUCGCGGGCCCGAUCCGCACGGCGCGGGCGCGGGCGAGCGGGGCCUCGGAGGCGUCGCAGGGAGGAGACGGGGGCGCGCGCGAGACGCGGCAGGGGAAGAUGAACAAGUUGUGGCGGCUGGGGCAGGACGUGCGGCGCGCGGCGGGGAACGAGCAGCUGGCGGCGCUCGUCGUCGAGUUCGGCGCGGUCAUCAACGGUUCGAGCGGGCGGACGGUCACGAAGGACGGGUUCGGGUUCUUGGCGGGCCUUGCGGGGCGCCUGGACGCGCUGGCGUAG